GAUAAUUGUAAUAAUAAUAAUACCGAUCUAUGAUUUGAGGUUAUAUUAACCUUAGUAUUUCGUGAUUAAUCUUUUACUUCGAUAUGGAAAAAAAAGAAGUUGCGGCAAAUCGUGACAAAAAACCUGAGAAAGUUAAAAGCGAUAAAAUUCAAACUACAGUAUCAGAACAAAAUUCAAACAAGGAAAACGAGAAACUAAAACGAAAAUUAGAAUGGGAAAAGAGAUUAGCUGAGCAAAAAUUGAAAGGCAAAACCGAAGAAACUCAAGAUCUUAGCAAAACAAAAUUAAAGGCAAUUCGCCGGGAACGCCAAGAAGCUCAACGUCAAGCUAAAGCUGAAUAUAAAGUCCAAGAAAAACCAAAAUCCAAAAGGGAAAAAACAGAUUUACAAGUACAACAUACAAAUACUGUAACGGAAAAGCCUUUAGAGGUGAAAAAGUCAAAAGCAAAAUAUAUUCAAUUUGUUCAGCACUUGUAUCGACAGUCAAGUCCAGAGUAUUCAAAAUUUGUAAAUUACAAAGAUGUCCAUGCAGUUUUUGUACAUUUGGGGAUACAGUAUGCAGAAAAAGUAAUAUUAGGUUCCAACGCAAGAUGCUUAGCUCUUUUGUCAGCAAUGAAAUACUUAAUUAAUGAUCUUCAAACACCUCCAAAACAAGAGUUUGGCAGAUACCUGGAAUCAGUUCUUCAACAUUCUACAAAUUACUUGCAAAAUUGCAGACCUUUGUCGGUAUCUAUGACCAACGUCCUAAGGCACUUCAAGUUACAGUUGACACGUAUGGAUGCUAAUUUGACAGACAAUGCAAAGAAGGCUCAUUUACAAGAAGUUAUCGAUCUUUACAUCAAUAAUGAUAUUAAAAAAGCUUGGGAUGCAAUCUCUAUGAAAGUAAACCAAAAAAUAGUUGAUGGUGAUGUUAUUUUGAUAUUUGGGUGCUCAUCUCUAAUAAGGAAAAUACUUUUUGAAGCUCAUAAAGAUGAGAAGAAAUUUUCAGUAAUUAUUGUUGAUAGCAGGCCACUUUUAGAAGGCAGAGAAAUGCUGAGAAGGCUUGUAAGCUUUGGUAUUAAAUGUACCUACAUUUUUAUUAAUGCCAUAAGUUAUAUUAUGACAGGAGUUACCAAAGUGCUAUUGGCGGCACAUGCUUUGUUAACAAAUGGAUAUGUUAUGUCAAGAGUUGGAACUGCGCAAGUGGCUUUAGUAGCUCAGGCUUACAACAAACCAGUUUUAGUAUGUUGUGAGACAUACAAAUUUAGUGAGAUGGUACAGACACAUGCUUUUAUUUAUAACGAAAUAGAUAGUUCCACAUCUCUUUUUAAAGCAGGCACCCAGGCUCUUGAAUCGCCUUUGGCUGCUUUAAAAGAUAACCCAAAAUUAAAUGUACUUAACCUUUUAUAUGAUGUCACACCACCCGACUUGGUAACUGCAGUGGUCACCGAGUUGGCAAUACUGCCAUGCACCAGUGUGCCCGUCGUCUUGAGAAUUAAUGCAAGUGAAACUAUUCUAUAG